UUCGAUGUCUCUCUCCUCCGCAUCGUCGAAAUCGGCACCUGGCAUUCGCUCUCCCUGACUUCUCCUUCGUCUCGCUCCAGCGUCGAAUUUGUGUUCAAGGCGAUUGAUGCUCAGCAUUGUCCUGGUUCAGUUAUGUACUUGUUUCGUGGUGCAUCUACUUGGAUUUCACGAGAACUUCACGACCCAGAGCUCUCUUACUAGAAUCCGUGCUAUUCCUCGCUACAGUUUUAAAACUGACACUCUUAACAAGCUGAAUGAAUUCCGGGGCCCAACCAUAGGUAUUAUGCCAUCUGGCAUGCCAUGGGCUGUGGCCAGGAAAGAUGGGAAUACGAUUGGAAACGCUACAAAAUAUUAUGAAGUUCAUUACUCUGAUCACUCAUGCUAUUCUGAGAUACGAGAAUUCAUUGAGCUUCUACGGCCUGUCAAUAUCAAAGGCAUUGUGUCUUCGAGAUCAUGUUACAUUAACCCUCGUUACUACUUUGGCCACCUUUGUGGAACUGAGCAAGCUCUCUGGAGAGUACAGCAGAAACUUGACUACGAGGAGGAUUUAAGGAGGGCUGAAGUUGCUGAAAUAAAACAUAUAGUAGAUGGCUUUUCCCAUGUGUCAGGAAGGAAAAGGAAGAAUGAUCACAUGAAGUUUUUUGGUAUACGCAUAAGUAGGGUAAGCUUGUUGGGGAGGUUGAGCCGUGGAGCUAGAAUUACAAGUACGGAGUCUUGCUCCGAAUAAUUGAAACUCAUGGCAGUGUAUAUAUAUCCAGUUAACCUGUUUAGAA